UCUGCGCUGUCCAGUACGACAGCCAAUAUAGCCCCAUUUGGCAAUCCGAAGACUACACCAAAAAGUAACCUCAUUAAUAAUCUUUAUAAUGACUACAUGUUGAAAUGAUCAUCUUUUGGAUGUAUUGGGUUAAAUAACGUAUUGUUAAAACAGGAAAAAAUCAUGGAGGCAGAUAUAAUAGCAGAUCUUCGAUGCAAGCUCAAAGAAGUUGAAGAAGAGCGACUAAAAGCUGCACAGUAUGGUUUACAACUAGUGGAGAGCCAGAACGAGUUGCAGAAUCAAUUGGAUAAAUGUCGUAAUGAAAUGAUGACCAUGACUGAGAAUUAUGAACAAGAAAAAUAUACACUUCAGAGAGAAGUUGAGCUCAAGAGUCGAAUGUUAGAAAGUUUGAGCUCUGAAUGUGAAGCUAUUAAACAACAACAAAAAAUGCACCUGGAGAAAUUAGAAGAACAGCUGAGCAGAAGCCAUGGGCAGGAAGUGAAUGAACUAAAAAAUAAGUUAGAAAAACUGAAAGCCGAACUAGAUGAAGCUAGGCUUAGUGAAAAGCAGCUGAAGCACAAAGUGGAUCAUCAGAAGGAACUCCUUUCUUGCAAAUCAGAGGAAAUGAGAAUAAUGUCUGAACGUGCACACGAAAGCAUCUCUUCAGAGAUGCUGGCUCUUCAAAUUGAGCUAACUGAAAUGGAAAGUAUGAAGACCACCCUCAAAGAAGAAGUGAACGAACUACAGUACAGACAAGAACAACUAGAACUUCUUAAUACUAAUUUAAUGCGCCAGGUAGACCGGCUUAAAGAAGAAAAAGAAGAGCGAGAGAAAGAAGCAGUUUCUUACUAUAAUGCCUUAGAGAAAGCUCGUGUAGCAAAUCAAGAUCUUCAGGUGCAGCUAGACCAGGCACUCCAGCAAGCCUUGGACCCUAACAGUAAAGGCAACUCUUUGUUUUCAGAGGUGGAAGAUCGAAGGGCAGCAAUGGAACGUCAGCUUAUCAGCAUGAAAGUCAAGUAUCAGUCACUAAAGAAGCAAAAUGCAUUUAAUAGAGAACAGAUGCAAAGAAUGAAGUUACAAAUCGCCACAUUGCUACAAAUGAAAGGGUCUCAAGCUGAAUUUGAACAGCAAGAACGGUUACUUGCCAUGCUGGAGCAGAAGAAUGGGGAAAUUAAACAUCUCUUAGGUGAAAUUAGGAAUCUGGAGAAAUUUAAGAGUUUAUAUGAAAGUAUGGAAUCUAAGCCUUCAGCCAACUCUGUUGCUCUGGAAGAUGACACCUAUUACACAGAUUUACUUCAAAUAAAGCUUGAAAACUUAAACAAAGAGAAUGAAAGCACUAAAGGUGAAUUGUCCAUCCAGCGAAUGAAAGCAUUAUUUGAGAGCCAGCGGGCUCUGGAUAUUGAGCGAAAACUUUUUUUGAAUGAAAGGUGCCUCCAGCUUUCCCAAAGUGAAAAUAUGAAACUGAGAGCUAAACUAGAUGAGUUAAAACUGAAGUAUGAACCUGAAGAGAAAAUUGAAGUGCCUGUACUCAAAAAGAGGCGUGAGGUACUUCCUGUGGAUAUCACCACCCCUAACGAUGUAUGUACCACCAGUGCUGUUGAGGAAGAAGUUUAUAGAUUACCACCUAAGAAAGAGGAGGUACAGUCCUGUCCUAACAAUUUAGAAGAUAACUUGCAAUUGGAAAAGACAGUUUCUGUAAGCACAUCAGGAGUCAUUCUGUCUCCUUACAAAAAUCUGUCCGUGGGUCCUCAGCCAAGGAAGGAAAAGAAAUGUGUGAAACUUAUAGGAGUUCCAGCUGAGUCGGAAGCCUUAAGUGAAAGAAGUGGAAACACCCCUAACUCUCCCAGGUCAGUGUCCUCUUUCCUUCAAGGCAGUGAGCAGCCUUCUCCAUCUCUUCUCUAUCGCUGCAUGAACUGCACUAUCUGUUUCUUUAUCUAUUUUCUUAGUAUUGCAUGCAGUAUAAUUCCCCAAUUUCAUCUGCCUACCUUCCGAUUUUCUAAAACUUUAAGAAAGACUAAAAUGAUUACAGGGGAAAAGGACUCCUGAAUAAGGGAAUUGUUUUAAAAAGUAACACUUUUCUAUGUCAUGAGGCAGAAAUACCCCAGUCUAGUACCUCUUUGAAUGUUUUGUUGGUUUGAAUAAAUGUACAGUUUUAUUUUUUUCCUGGUUCAAGAGUUGCCGUGAAAAAAAAUUAACUUAUCUCCUAAAAGGGCUUUCCAUUAGUCUAAGAAAUUCAGCCUUCCAAAAAACUGUUAGGUGAAAUGUUUUAUGGCUUUCGAAAUUGUUUAUCCUAAGCCUUCAAGAAUGUGCUUUAAUACCUAUUCUGACAUUUUAAAAUAUCACAGGUAAUUCAUUUUCAAUUUACACCCAAACUUCAAAGCCUCUAGUUUCUGCAUAAUUGAGUUUGUGACUAAAAGAGGAAGUGUCAGACGUGUGUCUGUAGGAAUUAAUGUUUUAAGGACCUUAUCCUUUAAAAAAAAAAAUUAAAAUAAUAGAAGGCAGAAGGUAAGAGAAGUGAGUGGAAGGAAAAGGUAGGUACAGUGAGGUUAGGGUGGUAUAAGAAACACGUUCUUGGGCUUCCCUGGUGGCUCAGUGGUUGAGAGUCCGCCUGCCAAUGCAGGCGACACGGGUUCGUGCCCCGGUCCGGGAAGAUCCCACAUGCCGCGACUGGGCCCGUUCAUGGCCCAUUGGCCAUGAGUCAUGGCCGCUGAGCCUGCGCGUCCAGAGCCUGUGCUCCGCAACGGGAGAGGCCACAACAGCGAGAGGCCCGCGUACCGCAGGUGUGUGUGGCAGGACCAAGAAUGGGCAAAAAAGAAGUGAAUGUGGAAAAUGGAGAAGGUAAAAAAAGAUGGUAAAAGAUGAAGGAUGUCUUUAUGCAGUGGAAUGAAAAAUGUAAUUAAAAUAAAUAGACAUUCUAAAAAUUAAGCAUAUUGAUGUGAAAAUAGUUAGCUUGGAUUGUCUGCUAUGAAAGGAGAUCUUUAAGGUAUUCCCAGGGUCAGUCUUUGAUGGAGGGGUACAGAAUAAGACAUUUUACUAGUAUGCAUUCGAAUUGAAAUGGUAAGACAUAGCCCACCUUAUGUAAAAGGGCUUUCUUGUAUGUUUUAUCUGAUUUGUCUUCAAGUCUUCCGUGCUACUAAACAGUAUUCAACAAAGAAAGCACUUCAACAAUAUUGCAGUUAUUAGAAUUAGUAAUAGGAGUAAUGUAUUACUCCAUUUCUUGAAAUUUUAUGUAAUCACAUUAUAAGUCACAUAAAAUCAAAGCUUAAUAUUCUCAAGGAAGAAGCAGCUUUAAAUGAAUGAUAUCUGAUACACACAUGGUUUCGAGUAGUUCUGAAGUGAAUUCAACAGGUUAUGCUUGUAUAUAUGUGAUUCACUGUGUAUGUGUGUUUUGACCAUUGUAUAUUCCUGGAGGUGAAUUUCCAGAAAUGAUCAGUGCAAACCUUACUAUCUACGUUGUCUUCAUUUCUUUUUCUGCCUUUUUUUGCUUGAUAAAAAUUAUUUAAGCAAAUGUAUUUAGCUACUUGUUUGACUCAAGUAGCACGUUGGAAUGUUUUUGUCUUGCUAAACAAAAACAAAUAAAAUAACAAAACAUUUGUUUUUGUGUGUGUGUGUGUGUCCAUCUGCUAACUUUAGAUGUUUCCAACCUUUUGCUCUCUGCAUGCUUAACUUAGACACACAAUCCUAUGGUAAUAUUGUAAUAAUAAAUACGGCUUUUAUUGGGAACUUCACUAUUGCAUGCUUUAUAAAUUUAAUUGAUGCUCUUGUUAUAAAAUAUCCUUAUAGGCACUUUAAAAUAUCUCUUCACUUUUUUUUCUUAAAUUAUUAUUUUGCUAGUUGAAAUUCAAUUUGAGUUUUUUUAAUGAGAUAAAUAGACGUCUAUUCAUGCAGCCCAGGAUUCCUUGUUAAUUUUUGUCUUGCGUUUGCCUUUUGUAAGUCAUGUUAACAUUAAAAUACUGCUCUAGCAUUAAAAUUUUUUUUGUUAGUUGUGUUUAUCAUGAUAGGCACCCUCAUUAUAUUUUAAUUCUUUAAUUUAGGCCUUGCCAUGGCUUUUUAUUCAACCUUAAAGACAUUUCUUUAGACAUCUGAAAAAUUAAGUCUAUUGAUAUAAAAAGGUUCUUUUAGUGCAGCAGUGACUUAGUUUUUUUAAUGGUAUUGAAGUCAACUAUAAUUUUUCUCCUUAUAUACCUAAAAAAAAAAAAAUCACCAUGUCUCAUUAAGAGGUCCAUUAUACUGGUGGAUUGUUUCUUCUUUAAUUUUUCCUAACCACAUUUGA